AGAAUUUUUUUUCUCUGAGAAAAUUCUGAAAACUCGAGAGCCGAAGAAUAAACACAUACUUAAAUUCUGUUUGUAAUAUAUAUAUAUAUAGCAUAUAUAUCUAUCAAUUUAGUUAUAAAAUGUCUCUUGAACCCUAUCAACGUAAAUUUAUCGAAUGGGCCAUUGAACAAAAAGCUCUGACCUUUGGAACUUAUACUUUAAAAUCUGGUCGUGUUAGUCCAUACUUUUAUGAUGCUGCUAAAUUUAACAAAGGUAGCGCAUUCGUAACUGUCGGUCAAUUUUAUGCCGACGUUUUACAAAAUGUCGAAUUAAAUUACGAAGUGGUAUUUGGUUCUGCUUACAAAGGAAUUCCCAUAGCUUUAUCAACAGUUAAUGCUUUAAUGGAAAAGUGUAAUAUCGAUGUUGCUUACUCUUUUAAUAGAAAAGAAAAAAAAAUUCAUGGGGAAGGAGGAAAUAUUGUUGGAGCACCAUUAAAAGGAAAUGUUUUAAUCGUGGAUGAUGUUAUCAGUGUGGGAACUGCAAUUAGAGAAUGUCUAAAAAUCGUUAAAGAAAAUGGGGCAAAUCCUGUUGGUAUUGUUAUUGCCUUAGAUAGACAAGAAAAAGGGACAGGAGAAAUCACUGUUGUGCAACAGAUUGAGCAAGAAUAUAAUUUACCUGUUAAAACAAUUAUUAAUUUAGAUAAUAUUGUUCAGUAUAUUACAGAAUGUGGUGGUUAUGAAGAACAUCUGAUAAUGAUUGAAAAGUAUCAGAAUAUUUAUGGAGUCAAGAAAUAAUUAUUUAAACAACAAAAUUGUUAUAAAUUUUUUAUCACCCAAUUUGUUAAUUUUAUAAUUUAAAUUUUAAUAAAAUGAUAAAAUU